AUGUCAUGAAAAAUGGUGAAAAUGAAGGCAGAAUCGAUCGAUACUAAAUCACCAACGAAUCGCGGUUCAUCAGCUAUGAAGGAGAAUAUGCAUAAUGACGAUUAUGGUGUUGAAGCAGAAUUGACGAGUCUUUCGUGGUUACAAUCGCUCGACAUUACGAGUGCUUCUAGUUUGCCAACACCACCGUGUUCGCCAUCUCCACCACCGGUAACACGACAACCAAGGAAAAAGCUUUCACCCCUGAUUAAAGCUGAAUUAGAUCUUGCUGCAAAUGUAGAGAAGUAUCGAACAGAUCCCGACGCAAAACCGCCAUUUUCAUAUGCCACGAUCAUUUGCCUGGCGAUGCGUGCAAACAAUAAUAAAGUGUCUCUUUCAAAUAUAUACGCGUGGAUUCGAGAAAACUUCCUAUUUUAUAAGUAUGCUGAUCCAGCUUGGCAGAAUUCAAUUCGGCACAACCUGUCGUUGAAUAAAUGCUUCGUGAAGUUACCACGCUCGAAAGAUGAACCAGGAAAAGGUGGUUUCUGGAAGUUAGAUUUGGAAAGAAUGGAAGAAGGUAGAAAAUCAAAACGACGCGCGACAAUAUCUCAACGAAUCCGUGGAUCAAAGAAACUAACGUCCCCCAAAACGACGGUAAUGAGCAAUAUACAAAACAACGAUGCACCAUUGAUUACCUGUCCAUCUACGCUAUACGAGACUCCACCUAGUAGCGUAUCUCCUCCAAUUCCAGACUGUCUCUCAGAAAUUCCUGAUUCCACGCAAGUUAGUUUAAGCGAAGAUGACCUUACUGGUUUGCUAAUUGCUACUGCUGGUUGGGAUGAGAAUCAGUUGGAUCUUUUAGAUUCCCUCCUUGAUACUCUUUAAAAAAUUUAUCGGUUAAGCCUUUUUUUACGCAAGCUCAAAGACAUUCAUAUUCAACUUUAUUUCAAAAAUUCUUAAUUAUCCUUCGAGUUCCGAUCAGUUUUAAUUCUGUUCGAUUUUUAAAAUAUCAUAUGAUCGAAACGAAUAUUAAUUAGUAAAUGCUGUAAAAGGAGGAAUUUCAACGAGAAAAUAAGAAGAUCGAAAAAUUGUGGGGAGGGGAGAAAGUAUACAGAAAGAUGAAAGGAGCAAUUGUUCUGUCAAAUAUUGCACCGUUUAAGUUUGUUAUAUACUUACAAUAAACACCGCACCAUUGAGAAGUGCCUACU